CCAGUGAGUUACACAGUUGGGAAUGAAUUAUCAGAAACAGAACCAUUGGAAAUCAAAAAUAAAUAAGGUACAAGCUGCUAUCCUAUCUUAUGUGAUAACAGGGCUGUAAGUUCUAGUUUGAACCUAAUUUAAUACAUACAUGCCUCCUUUCCUCCUUUCCUCAUUUCCUCAACCACCCCAUCGAUAACGCGGGCUCUAUGGCGCUCCACUGAAGAUUAUGUAUUAUGCUUCCUUUGAUACCUAUGAAAUCUUACUUUAGCUCAGCCCACAUUCCUGUAUUUACGGGUGACUUUUCAUAUUCACUCCGGACGUCCCCAAUCCUUAUCGGUAUUGUACUUAUUUUCUCAAUGUGUAUUCGCAUCUUCUACUACAGCACACCUACUUUAAGCUUCUCAAGAUGUUGGCCACCUCUGUGUCCAAGAGGAUCACCAUAAUAAUCAUCACCAUCUUCGUCGUGUACUUCGUCUUUCGAGACCAAUUAUGGUCUUUAGAAACUCCCGUUUUCCUUCAGGAGCCCCUCGGUAGCUUUACCAUCAGUACCACUCAUAUCACCCACACUACACCCGACGAUUUGACGCAUCUCAACAACCCAUCCGCUUCGACGAAAGAAGAAAUCGAAAUAUCGAACUUGGUGCGUAAAUUGCACCAAAUCGCGCCCCCACAGCUCACAGAACCGGCCGCAUGUCCAGGUAAAACGGUAGCAAUCGAAGCAGCCACCAUCGAAACCGAGCGUCGAGAUGUAACACCUGUAUCCGACGAAAAGAUUCAAGCCGCGAGGAUCGCGCACGAGAAUGUGGUGGAUAUGAUACGAAACUCCUCUCAUUUAGUCCCGUAUACACCUGGAUCCAAAGGCAUCGUAACGGUAGCAGGCGGAAAAUUCACUGGCGCAUUACUCGUUUCCAUUCGCAUGCUUCGAAGAACAAAUUCCACUUUACCGGUGGAGGUUUUUAUGCCGAAUCCAGAGGAUUACAAUAAACAUACUUGCGAAGUAGUAUUGCCGUCUCUUAAUGCCCGCUGUGUUUUGAUUCCUCAAUACGAAGAUCUCACAAUUGCAAGAUAUCAGUAUAAGAUUUUCGCAGUCCUGUUGAGUAGUUUUGAGGAUGUAUUAUUUUUGGAUGCGGAUAACUUCCCAAUUGUCGAUCCGAUCGAAUGGAUGGAAGCAAAAGUCUAUAAGGAUACCGGUUAUGUUUUGGUAAGGUUUUUAGGCGCAACCUAAAAUUUUCUUCCUUGUGGAAAACAAUAUGCUAACAAGCUCACAGUGGCCAGACUUCUGGUUAGCCACCACAUCUCCCCAUUAUUUCCAAGUCAUCAACAUUCCCGCGCCGUCCCUCCUCUCCAUCGGCACCACCGAAUCGGGCGAAGUAAUUAUCUCCAAACGCACACACAGCGACGUCCUCCUCCUAGCCCUCUACUACAACAUCUUCGGACCCUCAUUCUACUACCCCCUGCUAACACAAUGCGAUCCGGGCGAAGGCGACAAAGAAACAUGGUUAUAUGCCGCCAUUGCACUGGAGAAGAGCUACUUCCAAGUCCGACAAAGAACCGGUGUCGUCGGACAUAAUUCCCCGGACGGAUACCAAACCGCAAGUAUGGUGCAACAUAACCCCUCGGAUGAUUAUUCCACGUAUCUCCAAGAAGAAAAGAAAGGAGAAGAUCACCCGUUAUUUCGAAUCGAUGAUCCGAAACAUAGACCAGAAGUGGUAUUUAUGCAUCAUAAUAUUAUUAAAUUAUCGCCUGUGGAAAUGAUGAUUUGGAUAGGGAAGGCGGAAAAUAAGAAGAGUAGAAUGUGGGGGGAUAGACAAAGUACGAUUGAUAGGUUCAAGGUGGAUUUGGAAAAGAAGGUUUGGGAGAAUGUUUUGUGGGUGGCUUGUCAGUGGGGAGAUAGUUUGGUGAAUUGGGAUGAGGGUGUUUGUGAGGGGUUGAUGGAACACUGGGCGGGAGUUAUGUCGAGAGAGGCAGAGGAGGAUGUGAGGAAGUUAUUUGGGGUCAACAAGCAUACAUUGGGGGAGGAAAAUAAAGAGGAAUAGGGAUUAAUUGGAGACUGGGAAAGCAGGCUAUAAUAUUGGAUAUGGAGUCGAGGAUUGAGUCUACUUGUUGCAGAUAGAUUUACAUGAUUUUACGGUGUUACGGACUGGGGACGGCAAAGCGUGCUCAGACAUCGCAUGGCGUUGGAUGGAUGGAAUAUGGAUAUAAAUGGGAAAUGAUUGUUGAUGGGUUCAUAUCAUGAUAUGAUGGUGUUUUUCAAUGCUGGAUGCCAGGAUUUGGCAGAGGUAGUUACAUUCUUGCAUAUAUUUUUGGCUAGUCAGGCCGGGUUUUUGGGGAUACUCGUAGCUUUCGGAGGCAUUUACUUCGGCACUGAGAUUAUUUAGAGAAUGAAAAUGAAAACAAUAAUUCGAUUCG